AUGGCUGAGGACGCCGCGGCGGGCUCCCCGCUCCUGGACCUGCCGGAGCCGCUGCUGCUCCACAUCCUGGGCUUCCUCACCGACGUGCGGUCGCGGCACCGCGCCGCGCUGGCGUGCCACCGGCUCCUCGCGGCGGAGCGGGCCACGCGCGCCGCGCUCUCGCUGCGCGGGGACCCGCGGUCGGACGCGUUCCUCUACCUCAUCAGGCCGUCGUACUGCUUCCCGGCGCUGGAGCGGCUCGACCUCUCGCUGGUGUCGCCGUGGGGCCACCCGUUCCUCUCCUCCGCGGCGCCGUCCGCCGACGCCGUCGCGCCGUUCGUGACGGCGGAGGAGGUCGCGGGCCAGAACGCCUUUAUCGCGGCGCGCCUCGCCUACUGCUUCCCCGCCGUGUCCUCGCUCGCCGUCUACUGCCGCGACCCCACCACGCUCGCCAGCCUCACCCCGCACUGGAGGUCCCGCCUCCGCAGUGUCAAGCUCGUGCGCUGGCACCAGCGCCCGCCCGGCCUCGACGCCGGCGCGGAUCUCGAGCCGCUCCUCGGGGACUGCCCCGCGCUCAGGGCGCUCGACCUCUCCGAGUUCUACUGCUGGACGGAGGACAUCGAGCCGGCGCUUGCGGCGCACCCGGCAGCCGCCGCGGCGCUCACCGAGCUCGACCUCGGCCUCGCGGGCGCCACGGACGGGUUCCACGCCACCGAGCUGGGGGCCAUCGCGGGAUUCUGCCCCAAUCUCCGGAAGCUCGUGGCGCCCUGUGUGUUCAACCCUCGGUACGUUGACUUCGUCAACGACGACGCGCUUCUCACCAUCGCCACCAGCUGCCCCAAGCUGGCGAUCCUGCGGCUCCGGGAACCUUUUGAGCCGGCGGCUACCGGCCAACGGGAGGACGCGGCAAUCACCGUCGCAGGGCUGGUCUCCUUCUUCGCUGCACUACCGGAGCUGGAGGAUUUCACGCUUGACCUGCGGCAUAAUGUGCGGGAGACAGCGCCGGCCAUGGAGGCGCUUGCCCGCAGAUGCCCACAGAUCAAGUUCUUGACGCUGGGGGGCUUCCAGGGGUUGUGCAAGGCAUCUUGGCUGCAUCUGGACGGCGUUGCUGUCUGUGGUUCGCUGGAGUCUCUAUGCAUCAAGGGAUGUUUGGAUCUCACUGACGCCAGCCUUGUCGCCAUAGGUCGUGGGUGCGGGAGGCUUGCUAAGUUCGCGAUCCAUGGCUGUGAUUCUGUCACAUCAGCUGGGAUCAGGAGGCUAGCGACGGCGCUUCGAACCACAAUCAAAGAAGUCAGUAUCUUGCACUGCCGGCUUCUGGACACAGCAGCAUGCCUCACUGCUCUAAGUCCGAUCCGUGAUCGCAUUGAGAGUCUUGAGAUCAGCUGUGUCUGGAAGGAAGUUGAACAGCCAGAGAGUGUGGCCAACGGCACAAUCGGAUGCGGUCAUGAAGAUGAUGAUGAUCUCGGUGAAGUGACAUAUGAGUCUGCAUCGAAGAAAUGUAGGUACAUGGAAUUGGAUGAUCUGGUUAGCUGGGAGAUGCUACGUUCACUCUCCCUCUGGUUCCCUGCUGGCGAGGUACUCUCCCCACUCAUAUCUGCCGGCCUUGAUAGCUGCCCUGUUCUAGAGGAGAUCUCAAUUAAAGUGGAGGGUGAUUGCCGUGCACGCCCUGGCCCAUUCUUUGGCCUGAGUGAUCUUGCAGGCUUCCCAGUACUGGCCAAGAUGAAAUUGGAUCUGAGUGAGGCAGUUGGUUAUGCUCUUACUGCACCAGCAGGCCAGAUGGAUCUCUCUCUGUGGGAGCGAUUUUAUUUGCAAGGUAUAGAUUCACUAAUGACUUUGUAUGAGCUGGAUUAUUGGCCUCCCCAAGACACGGAUGUGAACCAGCGUAGCCUGACACUGCCCGCUGUGGGACUCCUCCAGGGCUGCGUUGGACUCAGGAAGCUAUUCGUCCAUGGCACCACACAUGAGCAUUUCCUGACCUUCUUCUUGAAGGUGCCAAAUUUGAGGGACAUGCAGUUACGGGAGGACUACUAUCCCGCACCAGAGAGUGAUAUGAUGAACACGGAAAUGCGAGCUGAAUCUUGGCUCCGGUUCGAGAACCAGCUGAACAUCAGGCUAAUUGAGGAUUAA